AUUCCACCACCGAGCCGUUCCAUGCAUGCCCCAAUAUCUGCCGCCUAACAAGUUGACACAGCAUCGCGUAGCAGCAAUCGCUCUUUACCGGGCCUUGCUUUCGCGAUGCUCUUCCGAUGCGCUUCCCAACAACGACAACCGCGUCUCGUUGCGUAACACAAUUCGCAACAAGUUUCGGAGGAACAGAAAGAUACAAAGCCCUUAUCAGCUGGGACUAAGCUUCAAAGCUGGCUAUGAAACGCUCGACCGACUCGAUGCCUCCGCUGCGGGAGAUGAGACCAGCACAAAGUUGCUGGCGCAACUGAUUUCCCAAUUACCGCCUGCUCUAAUACGUGCGCCUCCGAUAAGGCCUCGUCGACAAGCGUCGUCUACACCUCCCAAAGAACGACUCGCGUGUCUUCCUCCAGAACGAGCCGUCCUGAAUGUGCGCCCCUACGCGAAGACGUCUGGGCCCCGCCACGUCCCAGUACUUGCCUCGGCAAAUGGUACCCCCUUCCUUCGCCUUACAAAGCCGCAGCCACCAGCCCUAAGUCGCAUUCUCCGUCAACGACUACAACGAAAGACGGAUUUGUUUGACGCCAAAGUUCUUCUGAACAAUUGGUGGCUCCCAACGUGUCGACAGGAGGACAAGUGGGAUGACUUCCUGGAAGAGCAGUUGGGAGAAGACAAGGAUUCUGUCAAGUGGAUUGAUGCAGUUCGGCAAGCAGAACUGCAGAAUCAGUGGGCGUACGAAAGGGAGUUACGGAAGGAUCGGGACAUGACGAAGGACAUGCAAGCAAUUGUAGACAAGGAGAUGGAGCUGGCUUUGAAGGAGGGACAAACAAUCGUUAGAGGGAGAAAGAGGAGACCUAUACUAGUGAUAAAGCCGAAGUCAUGAUGACACGGUUUACUCUGACAUAGCUGGGCGGUGCCUGAUGGGUAUAUACACUCGAUUUUAGACGCAAACUUCUAGACUCGAUGGAUCACGAUGUCGCCUCAAUCUUCAAUUUGCCCACAUCCACUUCAUCCACUUCAUCGUCAUCGUCAUCCUCUGUCUUUCCUACCAAGCCCUGUUGCCAGAGCUCCUUUCCGGUCAACUUCUUCUCUUCCUUGACAAUUCUCUUCUUCUUGUCCUCUAGUUCCUUCUCCUCCUCCUUCCGUCUCUUCUCCUCCUCCAUCUCCUUCCUGAACUUUUCUCUCCACGCCAGGAAUGAUUCGCGUGUAACAGCUUCGCCUUGGAACUUUUUGUUCUCUUCUUCCUCAGCCUUGGCAGCGGCUAUCUCGACGAGGGCUUGCUUUGCGUUUUGGCGUUCGGUAAUGAGCAGUUCGGCACUAUCUUUGAUGACGGUUACGAGGGUGAAGACCAUGGCCAUGCCAAGAUUUUCUUCUAUCGUCUCUUUGAGAGAGUCGAGGAGCCGCUGCUUAUCUUCGUGUAUGUCCAGAUAGGGAUGUUUGGGCGCAUUGGGCGGUUGCGUUACGUCGAGUCGGGGGGCUUCGUCGGGGUAGUCUGGAGGAUAGGCGACAUUGAGGAUGAUGAUUG